UCAGAUUAUUUUUUCACGGAUUGUUGUAGUAAAUGGUAUUUUCCAACCUACAGCCGACGGUCACACUGAAUUUUCAUACACAAACGCUUGUCGUGUUGGAAUUUAAAGCAUAAAAUUAGGCUGGUAUCACCAACAUGAGUGCCUCCAAGGAGGGCAAGGAAAAGAAGGGCAAGCUGCUGGGUGUGGAGAACAUUUCGCCGCCUAAGGAUAAGCGUCCCGCCACCAGGAUGAAGCUCUUGAAUGACGUAGGAGCUGGUGAGGAUUCGGAGGCAAGCACUACUACUACCACAUCAAGAACUCCCUCCAACAAGCAGGAGAAGCGUGGCAGUGUCGCUGGAUCGCGCAUCAAAAUACUCAAUGAAGAAAUUCUGGGCACUCCGAAAACUGAGAAACGAGGAGCCACCAAGAGCACAGCUCCGGCUGCCUCCACUGUAAAGAUACUGAAUGAGAAAAAGACACCCAGUGCUACCGUGACAGCCGUGGAAACUGCCAAGAUCAAGGCGUCUCCCAGUAAAAAAAAGAAAAUGGAGCACUAUGUACUUCAGGCUGUGAAAUCAGAAAAUACCAAGGCGGACACCACGGUUACCGUGGUCACCGAAGAAGACGACACCAUUGAUUUUAUUCUAGCAGAUGAUGAGGAAGUAGUUCCGGGCAGAAUAGAAAGCAACAACGGCCAGGAGAUCGUUGUCACCGAGGACGACGAGGAUCUAGGUGAGGAUGGGGAUGAGGACGGUGAAGACUCCUCAGGCAAGGGCAACUCUGGCCAGACAAAGAUCAAGGAGAUCGUGGAGCAUGUGUGUGGCAAGUGCUACAAAACCUUCCGUCGCGUUCAGAGUCUGAAAAAGCAUCUGGAGUUCUGUCGCUAUGACAGCGGGUAUCAUUUGCGCAAAGCCGACAUGCUUAAGAACCUAGAGAAGAUCGAGAAGGACGCCGUAGUGAUGGAGAAGAAGGACAUCUGCUUCUGUUGCAGCGAAAGUUACGACACCUUCCAUCUGGGUCACAUUAACUGUCCCGAUUGCCCCAAGUCGUUUAAGACACAGACCAGUUACGAACGCCACAUCUUCAUCACCCACUCCGAGUUCAGCGAUUUUCCUUGCUCCAUUUGCAACGCCAAUUUGCGCAGCGAGGCCUUGUUGACGCUCCACGAGGAACAGCACAAGUCACGUGGCAAGCCGUAUGCAUGCAAGAUCUGCGGCAAGGACUUCACCCGCUCGUAUCACUUGAAGCGCCACCAGAAGUACUCAUCGUGCUCAUCGAACGAGACCGAUACCAUGAGCUGCAAGGUGUGCGAUCGCGUCUUCUAUCGCCUGGACAACCUGCGAUCGCAUUUGAAGCAGCAUUUGGGCACACAGGUGGUUAAAAAGCCGGAGUACAUGUGCCACACGUGCAAGAAUUGUUUCUACAGCCUGUCCACGCUCAACAUCCACAUACGCACUCAUACGGGUGAGAAACCAUUUGACUGCGAUCUGUGCGACAAGAAGUUCUCUGCAUUGGUGGCUCUUAAAAAGCAUCGACGCUAUCACACUGGCGAGAAACCGUACAGUUGCACUGUGUGCAACCAAGCAUUUGCCGUGAAGGAAGUGCUGAAUCGACACAUGAAACGGCACACUGGAGAGCGCCCGCACAAGUGUGAUGAAUGUGGCAAGAGUUUUAUCCAGGCCACCCAGCUGCGCACCCAUUCCAAAACCCACAUUCGCCCCUUUCCCUGCGAGCAAUGCGACGAAAAAUUCAAAACAGAGAAACAACUUGAGCGCCAUGUGAAGACUCAUUCUCGCACUAAGCGACCCGUCUUCUCCUGCGCCGAGUGCAAGCGUAAUUUCCGCACUCCAGCCUUGCUCAAGGAGCACAUGGACGAGGGAAAACACAGCCCGAAACAACAGCGGGCAUCAAUGCGCUCGUCCGUCAAAAUUAUGGAACGCACGGAUUGCGCCAUUUGCGAUAAGAACUUUGACAGCAGCGAUACCCUGCGACGGCACAUACGCACCGUCCACGAAUGCGAUCCGGAUGACAUUUUUGGCGUUGAGCCGCAUACAAAGCGUGCAAAGAAGGACAUCGAAUCGGAGGAGGUUGUACCAGUGGCGUUAAACACAUCGGCGGGCUCGUUAAUUUCCAGCCAAACGGACGGCAAUGGCGUUGUGGUGCGUGAAUUCCUGGUGGACGAAGGCGAUGGCGCGGCCCAGACGAUUACCCUAGAAAACGAAACAUACACAAUUCUGCCCCUGGACGGGGCCAUUGAGGGAGAGCAGCUAACGGAUGAGGCUGCUGUUAAGCCGGAGGCGAAGAAGGAGGAGGCGCAGGUCUCCCCGGUGGUCAAGAAGGAGCAGCGUAAAUCCCUGGCCGCCAGUCUGGCCGCUGCCAUUGCCGAUAACCUGGAAGAAUCGUGUAGCGAGGAUGACUUCAGUGGCGAAAUUCUAACUGAGGAGGACAUAAAGCUCAAAGAGAAUGUGGGUAAACUUAUUGACAUGCUAGUGGACCCACCGAUCCUAAAGAAAUACGGCUGGCCCAAUGCGCCCGAGGAGACGGUGCUCUGCAAAGUGAUCGAGAACUGUGGCUACGACCUGACCAUAGGUGGCGAAAACUACUCCGAGCUUGACUACGGUAGCCGCAUGCGAGAGUACUGCAAACUGCUCUUUACCGUGGUCAUUCACAACGAUUCCAUCAAGUCGCUGCUCAAUAAUUUCCCCAUCGACGAUGUGAUCGAGUAUGUACUGGGAGAUGAGGAUCAGGACGAAGGUGGAUUGGGCAAAGACAAUGAAGACAAUGAGUCACAUUCAGAUGAUGAAGAAUCGGUGUCGGUCACAGGCGAAACUAAAAAAAAUGAUAUCAAAGAGAAACCGGAAAAGAAGGAAGUUUCGGCCAAAUCUGAAAAGAAGGAGAUCAUGGGGAAAGCUGUGGAUAAGGAUAACUCAGAGGAGAAACUCCGAGAAAAUAAGAAAAAACCAGUAGUCGAAAAAGAGAAAGCUUGAUUUUCCAGCUCUUGAUGCAUGCGUACAAUUACCGCACGAAAACUAUAUUUUAGGAAUUGAAAAGUUAAGAUCGUUGAUGAUUUUUACAAAAAUUGUAUUUUUAAGAUCGUUGGUUUUGGUACAAACACCAAGUGACCUUAAAACAGAAACUUACCGUCUGUCGUUUAAAUAUUCAGACAUCUUGCGCAUUGACAAAUCACCCAAAAACCAACAUAUUACAUAUCAAAGAUAUUUUGAUAUUAUUAUAUAGAUUUUAUAUAUUUUUGAAUUGAAUGAUGUUACCAAGCAAUAUACGCAUGGCUAUUUUUAUAGAACUCUUAUUGAAUAUAAAAUAUACAAAUUUAAUAUUUUCGAUAGAA